AUGCAGAGAAAUUUUGCUGCUAGUUUUAAUAUUUGCCUUAUAAUAGUAUUGUUGUACGUGACAGCAGUCACAGCAAACUCAGUCAAACCAUUUACAUCACCGGCCCUCCCAGCAACGAUUGAAAAAAGAUGGGGUCCGUUUCUACCCGUCUCCAGUCCGACUGAACAACGUUCACGUAGCGUCAGGAAUUGCGGAGGAUCGAUACAAUUUGAUGACUUCCACCUCAUUAGUACCCCAGGAAAAUUAACUGUUCAUCUAUAUGCAGCAAAUUCACUAGACCACUUGGGUAAUGCUACAGUGCGCAUAAGUCAGUCAACAAACCCCAACAUUAUUUUAUUGCUUCCUAUCGACGACACUCGUUCGAGACUUGUUGACGUGCCAUGCGGUAGUGGUAAUACCGGUAGUAGCAGUGGUAAAGAAUGGUCGUGUCAAGUUACAUUUGGAUCUCCCACUGAAUUUAUCUUUUCUUAUGAAGCAGCUGCUGACGACAAAAACCACCUUAACACACUUUAUGAGAAUACCCAUAACGACUUUUUUGCGAAGUUUUACCUAUUUGAUCAGUUUAAUAACGAUAUUACGGGUUGUGCCGUAGUUCCUGUUGGCAAUGCCGAUUGGCCCGCCUCGGUGUCAGGCAAUGUCACAAAUGUGGCUACAAUUCCUUUUAUAGUCGGUGCAAUUAUUGCUAUUGCAGUCAGUGUGGUGCAACAGAUCGCCACAAUGCAGGCAGAAGAACCGGCCAAAGAAGUCCCAUUAUCGGCACAAAUUCCUUCCGUAUAUGACAUUUUUCGUGCUGCUCAGUUUGUCGUAACCAAUGCUCUCCUUUCAUUGCUUUGUCUCCCACCCUUGUUCCGGGACAUUUCGGUCAAACUUGCAUGGUUUAGCGCUGUGCCUUCAAGUAAAUUUAACGGCACCUUGUCCCAAAUUGCGGAUGACAAGAUCCGAGGAGGAAUAUGCCACACGCAGGUCAAUAACUGUCUUGAUAACGUGCAGAGCUUAACCGUGACAAAAUUUUGCAAGCCAGAGUUGAAACCGCUCUCUUCUGGUUUCACGUCUUUCGGAGAGAUGUUAAAUAUUCCCAGCUAUAAUAUGUUCUUUAUGGUGCUAGUCGUAUUCUGUAUAGUGUUGGCGUGUGUGAUGUUUGCUGCGCUCCUCUGUGGGUUAGUGGCACGUGCAUUAAAGAGUAAAUGGGAGAAGUGGCCCAUUUUGGAAAAAGCUUGGAAUAACAUUCCUCUUUUGGUCAUCGGUGGAGCGUUGCGAGUGGUGCUCCUGUUUCACGGCCCUCUCACACUUUUUGCCGUCUAUCAACUAACGCUUCAUUUCGACUGCUGGUUCUUGCUUUUUCUUGCCAUAUUGUGCAUUGCAUUGUUCACUUUUGGUACCAUAGGCUUUUGUACAUUCAGAAUCAUGCGGGAUAUGUACUAUAAUCCGGAUGCAUUCGAGACUCCAGUUCACGAAUUCGUUUACGGCGCUUUUUACACUCAGUAUCAGAGUGAUAAAGAUCCAAGCAAGACACGCAUCUGGUUUUUUAUUUUCACGACUGCUUAUGACGUGGUUCGAGCUAUCGGCAUCGGAGCUGCUCGUGCAAGCGGUGCCGCACAAACAAUCUACUUGAUGAUUGUCGAAGUAUUAUACUUCAUUGCGCUGUUACUUUUUAAGCCUUAUAUGAUAACCUUGAUGAACGCAUUGAAUAUAUUGAUAUCUUUUCUGAGGAUUGCGGUUAUGGUCCUGUUGUAUCCAGGCUUGAGCAAAUGCACAAAUAGUAUUUUUAAACUUGUUGCGCUCGGAUUGGAAGGCAUUAUUUCUAUAUUGUUGGUUGCCGUGAUGUUCAUAAAAGUGAUUGACUUUGCUGUGAAAAAAUGUCGCAGCAAGUCUGGCGGAGAUGCAGAUACAACUGAGAAUGAUACGGCGGAAAUCGAGAACGACCAAAUUUAA